AUGCUAUCAAAUAUAUUUGCUCGACUUUUACCAACGGUCCGACCAAUGCGUAAUUAUCAACAACAUUUAGUACGUUUAUUAGGCACAGCUGAAGCAGCAUCAACUGAAACUAAUUCGAACAAUCGCGAAAAAGGCGUCGUUAAACGAUUUUCAAAAGAAAAAGGUUUUGGUUUUAUAUCAAAAACUAGCGAUGGAACCGAUUAUUUUGUUCAUUUUAAAAAUAUAAAUGCAAGUGGUUUUAAAGUACUCGAAGAAGGACAAGAAGUUGAAUUCACUGUAACACAAGGUGCAAAAGGACUAGAAGCAAGAGAUGUUAGUGUACUUGGUGAUGGUGAUAAUUCACGCAGUUUCAAAUCAAUGUUUGAUCGUCCAUCCGAUGAUAAUUCAACAUCACGAAGAUCGAAUUUUGGUUCAACAUUAAGAAAUCGGACAUCACGAUCAAAUUCAUUUAAUUUUGGUGGCAAUGAAUCAUCUAAAUUAAAUUUUGAUGAACCAGACUCGACAUCAACACGAAAAACUUAUAAAUUCAAUGAAAGUUUAAGCAACUCCUCUGGAAAUGAUUUAUUUUCUUCAAAAAACCCACAAACAACUAAUGAACAAACACGUGAAUUCGGUUCAGUAAAACGAUGGACUGCUGAACGAGGUUUCGGUUUUAUUCGUCGAGCAAGUAGCGGUCAAGAUCUAUUCUGUCAUGUUCGAAGUCUCAAAGAUGGCGUGCAGUCACUUGAACCUGGACAAUCAGUCGAAUAUAGUGUUCAUCAAACGGAAAAAGGCGAAGAAGCACGUGAUGUUGCUAUCCUAGACGGUGAUCAUAGUGCAAAUCAAGAAAAAGCAAACAUCUCAACUGAAAAUCUUGGCGAACGUCACACAGGAACCGUUAGAAAAUGGUUAGAAGGACGAGGCUUUGGAUUUAUACAACGUGAGGCUGGUGGAUCGGAUUUAUUUGUACAUUUCCGAAAUUUAAGCAACGGUGCCCAAUCUUUAGAAGAAGGUCAAACCGUCGAAUUCAAUAUAACGAGAAACAAUAAGGGUGAAAUGGCACAAAAUGUAACUGUUACUCGUGAACAAAUGAAUGAUAAAAGUGAAUCAACGGAAAAGUAA